AUGAGGAUAGGAGUGUUGGCAUUGGUUUGGAUUUGUGUCUUAGGGGGGAGUUUGGUUCUUGCUAGAGAUUUUAAAAAUGAGGAUGAGAAGUUUUUUUGGAUGGGUAAGGGAGGUGGGUUUGGUGGAGGGUAUGGUAGUGGAGUUAGAAUAGGUGGAGGCAUGGGUAAGGGUGGUGGAGUUGGCGGUGUUUUUGGCAGAGGAGGCGUAGUUGGUAGUGGUGUUGGAGGAGGGUUUGGUAAGGGUGGAGGCAUAGGAGGUGGAUUCGGAAAGGGUGGAGGCUUUGGAGGUGGAUUUGAAAAAGGUAGUGGCAUUGGUAGUGGCAUUGGAGGAGGGUUUGGAAAAGGUGGUGGUAUCAGAGUAGGACUUGGAAAGGGUGACGACAUUGGAGGAGGAUUUGGAAAAGGUGGUGGCGUUGGUAGUGGCUUUGGAGGAGGAUUUGGAAAGAGUGGUUGGAUUGGAGGAGGGAUAAGCAAAGGCGAAGGUAUUGGUGGAGAUUGCAUUAGCAAAGGUGGGGGCAUUGGUGGUGGCGUAGGCAAAGAAUUUGGUAAAGGUGGUGAUAUUGGUGGAGGUGCUGGAAGAGGAUUCGCUAAAGGUUAUGGCAUUGGAGGUGGUAUUGAAAAAUGCGGUGGCAUUGGUGGGACAGGAAGAGGAGCUGGUACUGGUACUGGUGCUAGUGCUGGAGGAGGAUUUAGUAAAGGCGGUGGCAUUGGUGGGGGUACAGGAGGAGAAGCUGGUACUGGUAUUGGUGCUGAUGCUGGAGGAGGAUUUGGUAAAGGCGGUGGCAUUGGAGGGUUUGGCAAAGUUGGUGGACAUCACUAA